AUGUCAUCCAAUUCAAGACGAGUUCUCAUAUACGGAGGCAAAGGAGCCCUCGGAUCUGCUUGUGUCCACUUCUUCAGACAACACAACUGGGUUUGAGUGAGCUGUGAUUCGUGCCUUAAGGGCAACUUCAGGGGUAAACGAUAUAAAUGUCUCAUAUGUUUCGACUACGACCUCUGCGCCGCCUGUUUCGAGUCGGGGGUC